AAACCCUCUCCAAAUUCCAAAGGUAUAGUUCAGCUGAUUCCAUGGACGACUUAGUAUUGGAAUCGGACCUCGACCUUGCCUACAAUCUCCAACUCGAAGAAGCUCUUGCCGCAUCACUCGCUUCAUCCUCCUCCUCCGCCUCAAAUCCUCGGCCGGGAUUUCAAGAAUUCGAACGCGAUGAUAUCUCCAGAACCGCCACACUCCAUUCCAGGGACAUCGAGAAUGACGAUCAGAUAUUCCAAGAUUGGUUGCAAUCGGAAUUUGAGAUGCGCAGGACUGUCGGGGAAGUUGAUCGUCGGGUUCGUAAUCACGGUUUCGCGAGGGAGAUUCUAAACAUUUCCGAUGAUGACUGUGACGAGUGGGGUGAUACUUCUCAGAAUCACUUCUUCGGCGAGGGAUGCUCGAAGGGCGUUGAGAAUCAGGGCGUUUUUAAGCUCUAUUUCAAAGGUUUGGUGAGUGAGGAAGGGAUUGGAAUUGAGAGACGUUUGGUAGCUGGAAUCGGUGUUGCUAUUUGCAACCCGGAGGACGAAUUAGUGUUCGAGGUGAAAAAACACCUUGCAGGGAAUGAAAGGAGUAAAAUAGUGGCUGAGUUUAAGGCUUUGAUCACAGGACUGGACGCAGCUAUGGAUUUGAAUUUGAAGCGCCUUUGUUUUUACUGCGAUUACUACCCUCUUUAUCAGUUUGUUAGUGGCAAAUGGCCACCGAAGCAGCGCAAGAUUGUCACUCUACUCGAUCGGGUAACUCAUCUGCAACAAGCACAUUUUGACUCUUGCUAUCCCAGGCUUGUGGCUAGGCAUGAUAUCAAAUUUGCGUUCAAACUAGCGAGAGAGGCAAUAGUUCCUCAGACCACACGACCUGUUGAUCCUGCCCCAAAGAAGAAGCUACAUGAGACUUGUGUUAUUUGUUUGGAGGAGUGUGAUUUUAAUAGGAUGUUUGCAGUCGAUGGCUGCUCGCAUCGGUACUGCUCUUCUUGUAUGAAACAACAUGUGGAAGUGAAAUUACUUCAAGGAUUGGUGCCUAAGUGUCCGCACGAUGGGUGUAAGUUUGACCUUAAUGUCGAUAGCUGUGCAAAAUUCUUGACACCAAAAGAUAUGACUACGAUGCGCCAACGUAUUAAAGAAGCUUCCAUACCCGUUUCUGAGAAAGUUUAUUGUCCAUAUCCAAGAUGUUCGGCUCUAAUGACAAAAGUCGAGGUCUUGGAAUACACUAGAGACAUCUUUAGUGGUGCCAACCAAUCUGGAAUGCGGAAAUGCAUGAAGUGUCAUGGUCUUUUCUGUAUCAACUGCAAGGUUCCUUGGCAUAAUCGUGUUUCCUGCAAUGACUACAAAAGGUCAAAUAAUCUUCCCACUGAUGAUGUGAAAUUGAAGUCCCUGGCUUCAACAUGUCUGUGGCGCCAAUGUGUGAAGUGUAAUCACAUGAUUGAACUUGCUGAAGGUUGCUAUCACAUGACUUGCAGAUGUGGUCAUGAAUUUUGCUAUAAAUGUGGAGGAGAAUGGAAAGAUAAAAAGGCGACAUGUUCUUGUCCGCUUUGGGCUGAAAAUCAUAUUUUGUACAACGAUGAUAAUAGAGAAUUCGAUCAUGACGGUCAAUUCUACGACGAAGAAGAUGAAGAAGAAGAGCUUUAUGAUUCAGAUGACGAGUUUUACUAUAUCUGAUAAAGAACAAAACCAUCUUCCUUCUAGUUCACUCUCAAUAUCACUCAAAUAAUCCAUCUUGGGAUUUGAUGUUUUGCGUGUAAAUUGCCUGUUCAUAGUUUUAUCCUAUUUGAACUUAGAAAUGAUUCAAAUGUUCAGAAGUAACUUUUGUGUUUGAACUUCUCCUUUUGGAUCUCCCCUUUUGUAGCAGGUUUUAGUCAAUGAAGUUUGCUCUUUCUAGUUCAACA